AUGGCGAAAUUCCAGGAUCAUCUGUACAACAUAGGGUACCCCAUUAGUGGGGCCAAAUUUCUAAACCAGAACACGCUUCUGGUUGCUGGUGGGGGAGGUAAUAGAGCAAAACUCCUCGGUAAUCCAGGUGAUUAUCCCAAUAAAAUUACUGCUUUAAGGAUCGAUUCUAACAAAAAGAAAGUGGUUAAAAGGUUCAGAGAAAUUACUUUAGAUCCAAAUGAUGAUUCUCCCUCCACGUUAGAUGCUGCAAACAAUAUUAUACUUGUUGGUUGCAAUGAAAGCUACAAUAAGAUUCAGUUGAACAAUGGAGAAAACCAUCAUAUCAGAAAGUUUCUAUAUGAAGAUGAACAUUUAAAAUUCUCGGCUGCUAUUGAUUUCGAAAGAUCCUCGAAUCCCCAAAUCUUCACCAAGAUUAUUUCACUUUCAGCAAAUGCCAGUAUCGGGGCAAUUGCUUCUUCCCAAUUGCCAACAACUAUUAAAAUCAUUGACCCUAUCAAUUCUGUUGAAAAAUAUGAAAUCCAGACAGGUAGAGAUGUUAAGGAUAUCAACGUUUCUAAUGAUGGAACGUUAGUCUCAUACGUAACUGAAAGAAGCUUGGAAAUUGUUUCAGUGGUUAAUGGACAAUUCGUUGUCAGAAAAAAUGAUUUUAAUGAAAACGAACUUCUUUCCAAAAUUGAAUUUAUAAAUAAUAGCGCUCUAUUACUAGUAUCAAUAGCCCAAUCCGUUCCCACAGUGACAAAUCUAAGGAAGCUCAGCUUGAAUAACAAUAAAGUUACUGUCUUAGAUACCAUCCAGGUCCCAACCAAGACAGGUGGUGUUACAUCUAUGGAUAUUGAGAAAAAGACAGGCAAAAUUUUGGCACUAUCAACAGCUGACAAUAGUAUCAUUUUAGUUGAUUUGGAACAUUUCAAAAUUAUUAAGACUUUCGAUAACGUUCAUGACUUGACCAUUAGUAAAGUUAUAUUUUCACCUGAUACGCAAUUUUUAGCAAGUGUAUCGGUGGCAAACACUGUACAUGUCAUAAAAUUACCAACAAAUAUCAAAUCUCUUACUUCAACUUCAAUAUUUUCCAAAUUGUGGAGUUUUUUCAUAAAUGUCAUAUUAGUUGUUAUAAUAGCCAUCAUUGCACAAAUUUCUUACAAAAAUGAUUUACACUGGAAAAUCGCUACUCUUCUCAAACAUAAAUAUCUGGACAUUAGAGAAAGACUUUCAUCUGAUAAUGACAAUGACGUACUUGUAUCAACAAUAUUCGAUGAUGAUAUGGUAACCAUUUCGACUAUUACUAAGCCGCUAGAUACUGAAACUAAAUCCAUAAAAACUAUUGAGUUUACAUCUUUGACUACAACUGAAGAUGACGUCUGGGCUACUUCUGAAUCUUCUUCCGGUACUGACUCCAUCCCUCCUAUCUACAGUACUCUCUCCCAUUAUGACGAGAUAGUUUCCUCUCACUCUGUUAUUGAGCCUAUGUCGUCACAUGAACCAAGUAGUAUAUUGUCAGCAAUUGAGGAAGGAAUACCAAUAGUGACCCAGAUGGAUUCGAAAGUAACCAGCGCAACACCUUCCACGUUUCCUGCAGUUGAAGAGUCUGUUAGUGCUUCAGAUAUUCUAAGCGUGAGAGAAUUAAAGCAAGAUACUAAUAUUGAGAGCGCCAUGGGUUCCCGUAGUUCGCAAGAGAGCAAAAUCGUACAGCUUGUCACUGUGGACUCAAUAGUUUAUGAGGUCAUCUCUAUGAAACCAGUCUCGUCCAUCAAACCUUCGACUAAUAUCAAGAGUCAUAUUCCAUCUGUUAAUGCUGAUAGUACUUCGUUAAAAUCUGAAAAAGCUAUUUUGUCAACCCCCCUCUCUCUCUCCUCUGCUUCCCCUGUUGAAGGAUCUACUUCUCCAAAAAGUUCUUCUUUCAGCCAAAGUGAGGCCACUAUAUCCACGACUAUAGAACUGGAAGAAACUCAACCAGUAGCCAUAGAAUCUGAUGUACCUCUGCUUCCCACCGCAUUAUCCACCAAUUCUUUAGAUAAAAUGGCUAUGAGCAUAGUACGGACAGAAAGCCCUGUAUUGACAAAAUCUUCACCUGAGGUUGCUUUUGUCGAUGAAACUUUAGCUGAAAGAAAUAACGAUGAUACUACUACACCAUCCCCUUCGUCAGAUUAUGACUCACAAACACAUAGUACUCAAAUAUAUACAGAAGUGUCGUCUGAUGAAAGUCCCAGCUUUACAUCGGCAUGGACAUCUGAAAUUCACUCGCAAACGCUUCUUACCUCUUCAAGCGUUGAGCCAACUGCAGUUUGGGGAGAUCUAGCUUCAGCAUCUGACUCUUCUGAAACGGAAGCAAUCGCCCAUACCACUCUUGUGGAGGAAACACUAUCAGCUGAGCACACUUCUGUGUCUGUUUCAAGCGUUGCUACAUUAAGUACCACUUUUGAUGCAUCUGUUUCAGACGAUAUUACAUCAAGUACUACAUCUCCUGAAAAAUCGGUACCAACCGAAGGCAACAAUUAUGCUUCAAAAGAAGGGAGUAUUUCACAUACUCAGUCAGAACCGGAACAUUUAGUUCAAGCUGUUUUCCAUGGGGACGACACUGGAAUUACAUCUAGCAACGUGGUGAUAGUCGACACUUUUUCUGUUUCAUCAUAUAGCAACCCAUCUAAAGGGUUUGAUUUGAAUAUUCUAGACCUUUCAGAGGAACAAAUAUCCGAACCACAUGAGCCGGUUACCUCGUCCCAUUCAGCCGCUUCCGACUAUUCUCUGACAACAGGCACAGCUGUCUCUGACAUUGCCUCCACUACAACUCUAGUCGAUGAGGUACUCUAUGAAUCUAGCUCUGAGUCAGUGGAUAUUGAACAAGAGGUGGAAAAACAUACUUUGAAUGCAACAUCUUCUGCAACUUUGGAGGGCUCUAAUAACUUACACACAAGAUCAGUCCUCGCAGAUAUUGUGAAACAUGAAAAUGAUUCCUUGGAGACAGCCUCAAGUUUUUCAUCUGCUUUCUCAACUGAAGACACAACCCCUGUGCAAGCCACUGUCGAGACUAUGGAAAUAGAUCUCACAACUUCGUUAUCAAGCAGCUCAGUUUCAGGUGAAGAAGACAAUACACUCACCGAUUCGCUUGCAUCAACGAACACUGGUCUGUAUAGUUCAAGCUACACACCAGUUGCUUCUGAAGAGCAAGAUCCUAUUUCUAGUGGGCCCACAUAUGCCAAUUCUUAUGUGCCCGAGGUGAACUCAUCCGGCAAGAUUUCACUGGAGGAAGAGACAAUUCAAUGGGAUUCCUUGAAUGGGGCGAUCGUUACAACGACUGAAUCGGACUACUACACAUCGAUCAGUAUCGAAGCUGAUCUUCAACCAACUCCUAUUUAUGUGGACCAUGACGAGUUAUAG